AUGGGCGUCACUAACGAACCUCCCGAGAGCAUUCAAGGCGUCCGGAUCGACUAUGUUGAUGACGACUUAACAGAACGGCAGCGACUGAUCAAAAAUGUCCUCGGUUUCUGCAAAUCAGAUCCGAGUCUUGAUGGAAGGCGGUUCGAGCGUGCCUUGAAGUUGCUGGAGCAGGCGGUGAGUUGGUGUACGCUCAUGGCCAUGGACAUAAAGUACCUUAGGCGCCUCAAUGAGCGUCUUCACAAUCCUAGCACCAUGUGUGAUGCUUACAGUGAUUUAUUCAAUUGUCUGAAGGGCGUCGGAGAGUUAGUGUAUUGGUUUGCCAGAGACCCGACUGAGCCGUGGAAUCAAGGUCGCGUUGUUAUUCGCAACGAAGCUGAGAACAAGAAGGCCAUCAUGCGUGACCAAGGUCUCUGUGUGACAACGCACAGUCCGGCUGACGAGGCCUGUCAUAUUGUGCCACUUUGGACACUCAAAUGGCUCUACUCAAUGGACAGAUUUGUAUCUGCCUGGCGGAUCCUAUUUGAAUAUGGUACUACUUGCUAUAUUGAGGAUAGAUUUAUGUCUGAGGUUAGAGACCGGGAGAACAGAGUUGCGGAACAGAACAUCGUGGACAAGUGUUGUAACAUGAUAUGCCUCAGCGGGCAGAUGCGUCGGUGUUGGGAAAAGGGACUGUUUACCUUUGAGCCCGUGGGUUACUGCCGGCGAAGCAAGGGUGCUGGAGAGGUCUGUGAGCUUUCUCCAAUGCUCUCCUCAACCAGCAUCUCCGACUCAACUGCAACGACAGCGCAUGCCGAUAGCAUGCCACCGACUCAAGAGGCCACUGUCAAGGCCAGGACGCCAGACGCGAACGAUGAAGAGGCGUCAGAUCUUUUCAACGAGGGACGAAUACUACAGGAGAGUGAUGUGGAUCCUGGCAAAGAGUACGGAAUCGUCCUUCGUGUUCGAUGGCUUCUCAAAACGACGACCUUAUCAAGCUUGAUGGACUCGGCACCUCCCCUGGAUACUGAACCGCAAGACCUACAAGAAUCUUGGGAGGAGCUUUACGAAGAGUUGGAAGGCCUUUCAGUCCUUCCCAAGAAUGGCGAGCUAAUUCGGAUCUGGGCCCAAGACCCCCAAGAGCUUCCCAACUGGACAGCUCUGGAGCUGCGAUGGACCGCACUCCGAAUUCAUUGCCUUUCUGGGAGAGCCAACCCUGAGAAGUAUAACCCGGGUUUUAGUGACGUUGAUGAACAGUUCUGGAUAGACAUGGCGGAUUAUCUUUACGUCAAGGACAACAAAGUUGCUUUCGAGCAGCUUCAGGCUAGGAUGGAUGCCUAUGUAUAUCCAGAUUGA